AUGAUUCAGUUGCAGGAAAACAACACUAAGGUGAAGGGUGCUCUGGCAUUUGAGGAAGUUCUGGACUCAAUUGGUUCCAGAGGGAAAUUCCAGAUGAGACUGAACGUUGUCUUCGUUUGUUUUGCAUCAUGUUUCAACCUGAUGAGCGUCUAUAUGUUCUACAUUGCUAUGCAGACUCCUGAUCACUGGUGCCAUGUACCUGGUCGAGAACACACCAACCUGUCACUCGAGGAGUGGAAGAACUUCACUGUUCCCAGGGAAGGAGCCGCAUUCAGCAAGUGCUUGAUGUAUAACCAGAGUGAUGUGAGGGACUUCAGCAACAGGAGGGAACCUGUGAAGUGCCAGCAUAGCUGGGAGUAUGACAACACCUGGUUCUCAUUGACAGCGACAUCACAGAUGAAUUGGGUCUGUGACAACCAGCAGACUGUUAAUACCAUCUUGUUCUACUCGCAGAAUAUUGGAGUGGCAUUAGGCUUACUCUUUGGCUAUGUGGUUCAGAUGACUCUUGCUGCUGACAGGUACGGCCGACGCCCCCAGCAGCUGCUGUGCCUGUCAGCCCACGUGGUCAGCAGGCUGCUGGUCAUGCUCGCUCCGCACGUGCUGCCGCUCUUCAUCCUGGCAGAGUCACUCGUCUCUGGUGCGGCCGGGCCAAUGGAGGAGUCUUUAUUGGCUGUCGGCCUGGAACUUACAGACAUCAAGCACCGCUCUGUUAUCAACCGCUACGCAUCCUGUAGCAUGGCCCUUGGAAUGAUGCUUGCUGGUCUGGUGUCUUGGGCACUGCCCAACUGGAACUAUUUCAUGUCAUUUGCAGCCAUCAGUUGUUUUACCCUGUUCUUCUUCUUCAGAUGGUUUCCGCAGUCUCCGCGCUGGCUGGCAUGCAGGGGUCGCGAGCAGGAGGCACUGGCAGUGCUGCGUGACAUCGCGACCACCAACGGCUCCACUGUGCCUGCAUUUGCCUUGCAGGUUAUCCAGACUGUGGGCAACAGCAAGGCAGACAGGACAGGCUUCCUGAGUAUAUUCUCCAGCUGGAAUGUCUUUAAGAACACCGUGAUCCUCAUCAUCGCCAGGUCGGUGCACCUGCUGACCACAUACUCACCAGUGAUAGCAGUGAGCCAGCUGAGUGUGAACCCUUUCCUGGGAAUAGUCGUGCAGGGUGCAGCCCAGUUCCCCGCCUACUACAUAGUGAACUACUGUGCAGCAAGGUUUGGCCGCCGUUGGUGUGGCGUGGCCAGUGCACUGUUGGCUGCAGCGACCAGUGCCAUCAUAUCCUGUCUGCUAACCGAUGAUGAAGUCAUGGUUGAAUUAGAAUCAUUGGAAUCCAGAAAUGACUCCCUCGUACAAACAAGCAUUGCUCCUGAUAAUUUAGGUUUAACACCGAUAAAGCUUCAUGGCUUGUCAGAACAAAGUAAAGGGUCUUAUUUUAAAAGGAAGGUUAGCAGUAUUGAAAAGACUGCAAAAAAGGCGGUUUCAAAAGCAUUAAAAUAUGAUGCACCAAGUUCUGAUGAUGACAAAGAAGAUACAAGUGUGGUUGAGAAAGCAAAGGAUUUUGAUGUAAUGAUUUCUCUUAUGAAAGAGAGCAUUUCAUGUGUUGGGAGGUCUAGAAAAAUCCAGAUUCUGACCUUGGCUCCAGAUUCUUGGAGUCGAAAUAAAGUGAUGAAAGAAUUUAAUGUAAGUGAGUACAUGGUGCGAUAA